CCGAUUAGAUCCAUCGAUCGAUUUUCUCGUCUGAUUAGAAUCGUGAAUCCCACUAUAUUUGGGAUUUUACUAUUUAUGGAGCGGCACGCGCGUGAAUUUCGAGUCUCGGGUUCACACUUGAGCAGAAAGCUGCUUGAAGAUGGCAGGGCCUGGUCGUGGACCGACAAUUAUCAUUGUCAAUGCUACUAUUCAAGCCGUUGCGACAAUAUUCGUUCUCCUUCGUCUCAUUAGCAAAGUCAUCAUCCUGAAAAGACGCCCUAGUUCUGAUGACUGGACAAUCAUUGCAGCAACCAUUUUUGCGAUUUUGAACAUCGUAGUUGCUGGUCUGGGAGUAAAAUAUGGCACAGGAAAACAUAUAGGCCAAUUGGAAAAGUCAGAUGCAUUACCUGCGGCUAAGCUUCGUUGGGUAACACAUAUUAUCUAUACGGUCAUCAGUGGACUGAUCAAGGUUUCCACUCUCCUCCUCUACAAGCAUGUCUUCCUCAAUCUGCGAAAUGUGAUCUGGGGCACAAUUGUCUUCAUUGCUGUGAUGAGUGUGGCUAUCGUCCUAGCAACAUUAUUCCAAUGUCAACCGAUUGACGCUGUCUAUGAUUCGAGCAAAUAUGCGCAUUAUUACUGUUUCCCCUCCAUUCCAUUUUGGUAUUCGACAGCAGCUUUGUCGCUAGUAACUGAUUUUUGGAUCCUGGCAUUACCUAUUCCGACGAUUAUAGGUCUUCAAAUGUCUCGAAGAAGCAAAAUAAUUCUCAUUGGCAUUCUGUCGCUCGGUGCAUUUGCCUGCGUCGCAAGUAUCGUACGAAUGGUCUACAUUGUCAAGCUCUAUCGCAGCAAAGAUCCCACGUGGGACACAUACGGCGUCUCGAUUUGGUCCGGAGUCGAGCUCGCAGUCGCCAUCAUCGCAAACUGCAUUCCCGGCAUCAAACCAGCGGUGGACGUCAUUGCGCCUCGCUUUCUACGUAGUAGUCGAGGCGGAACCUACGCGAACCACUACGAUCAAUCAAAAGGAGCCCGUUCAUCAGGUCAAAAUAAUACGAACGGGAGAAACAACAGCAAUCAUCAGCAAGGGCGCUCUAUCCCACUUUCUUCAAUAUCAGGUAUAGACGAGGAGAAUGUCGAUAACACCGAUAAUGAUUCUACAAAGACGAUUACAAGAGCAUAUGCUAAUGAAGUCACGGUUGGGUCGGGAUCCGACUCAAAUUCCAGUGACAGAAACGGUAACCAUCAUCCUGCAAAUGGCAUAUCGGUACAAUACAAUAUUUCGACAUCGUCGGAAGCGGUACACUACCGUCAGUAAAAUAGUUGUUGACUGGAUUUACUCGAUAUUAAUUAUGGGGGAAACGGCUAUUUAAGGGGUUUAUUGUAAGGUUAGGCUUGGCUGAACUGUUUUUUCAUUGACGGGAAUAUCACGCAUGUUACGUUCUAAAUGAGCAUUGAAUUUUAGACUUGUGAUUUUUUCUUAGCCGAGAGACUUAGACAUUCAAAGCCAAUCAAAAUAAUGACAAAAUUUCCU